GCCUGGCAGUAUGGUUUAUAUUCGGGGAGGAACACGAACACGACCAAGCAGCAGAGCCCCUCCCCGGAUCACUCAACUUAGAAGCAGAGCGGAGAGAAGGAUCAGAAGUCUUGACAAUGGAGAGCGGCGAGCUGGCAGCCCACGAUGGGAGGGUCCAUGUCGAGGAGCAGCUGGACAUCGAAGUCCCUGAAACCGCUCAUCAGAUUAGCAGCGACUCGUGGCUCCAAGCAGGUUUCGUCCUCACCACGGGACUAAACAGCGCGUUCGUCCUCGGAUACUCCGGGACGAUCAUGGUCCCUCUCGGGUGGGCUCCAGGUGGUGUCGGACUGCUUGCUGCAGCAGCCAUCUCGCUCUAUGCGAACAUGCUCCUUGCGAAACUGCACUUGCAUGGUGGAAAGAGGCACAUCAGAUACAGGGAUCUCGCAGGACACAUAUAUGGUAGGAGAGCUUAUUUUCUAACAUGGGGGUUGCAGUAUGUUAAUCUUUUCAUGAUCAACGCAGGCUUCAUUAUUUUGGGCGGUUGUGCUCUGAAGGCAGUCUACGUUCUUUUUCAAGAUGACAACACCAUGAAGCUCCCUUACUUCAUAGCAAUAACUGGAUUUGUCUGUGUGAUGUUUGCGAUCGGCGUACCUCAUUUGUCGGCCCUGAGGAUUUGGCUCGGAAUCUCGACUCUCUUGAGUUUGGUCUAUCUUGUUAUAACUUUUGUUCUCACCAUAAAAGAUGGAAUCAACGCUCCCCCGAGGGACUAUAGUAUCCCGGGAACAAGGACCGGCAAGAUCUUUUCGACAAUAGGUGCUUGCGCAAAUCUCGUAUUUGUAUACAAUUCUGGAAUGCUCCCUGAGAUACAGGCAACGAUACGAGAACCUGUUGUGAAGAACAUGCUAAAGGCUCUCUACUUACAAUUCACAAUCGGGGCUAUACCGAUGUACGCAGUUAUAUUCGCAGGCUAUUGGGCCUACGGGUCUUCGACCUCAACCUAUCUCCUCAGCAGCGUAAGCGGACCCGUCUGGCUCAAAACCGUUGCAAACAUCACAGCCUUCCUGCAAACUGUUAUCUCCUUACAUAUAUUUGCGAGCCCAAUGUAUGAGUACAUGGACACAAGGUGCAAGAUCAAAGGAAGCGAUUUGAAGCCGAAGAACCUCUCAUUCAGGAUCCUCUUCAGGGGUGGGUACCUCGCGAUCAACACCCUCAUGGCGGCCCUCCUGCCCUUCCUCGGGGAUAUUCAGAGCCUCACAGGGGCAAUCAGCACGAUCCCCCUUACCUUCAUACUCGCAAACCACAUGUACCUCAUGGUCAAGAACAACAAGCUUAACUCACUACAGAAGUCAUGGCAUUGGCUCAACGUCUGCUUCUUCGGGCUUAUGUCCGUUGCUGCAGCUGUUGCCGCGCUCUGGCUCAUUGCUGUGCACUCCAAGGAUUACAAUGUCUUCGCCGAUUUGUAAUGAGUUUUUCUCUUCUUCUCUUUUAAUUUUUGUUUAAUUGUCUAUGUUACCUUGAAAAAGGGCAAAAGAAAAAGGAAAAAAAAUGUACCUUGCUCAUGUGAUGUUACAUGUUCAUCAUCAAAUCCCUGUAGAUUUUUUUUUGUCGUGAAAAAUGUUAAAUGUUUUUUAUGGUGUGAAAUAAUAGAUUAAAAUUCUUUCUCUAAA